AUAUAUAACAUGAUUUUUGAUUGGGCCACCUCAUCAUUGAGACAAUGAUGGCGACGAAAAGCAUGAUUGUUGCCGGUCUGGCAGUGGUUUUUGCGUUUUUCCAAACAAUUAACGCUGACGGCGUUAAAGGAUCGAUUCAACUGAAUUCAGGAGUCUUCGAGAAAAUACUGAGGAAACACAGGGCUGUGUUGGUGAAAUUUGAUGAGACCUACCCUUAUGGGGAAAAGCAGGAUGCUUUCAAGGAAGUCGCUGCAGCAACUUUGUCACAAGAUGACGUUCUGGUGGCAGAGGUCCAAGUCCAAGACUAUGGUGAGAAAGAGAACGCAGACUUGGCAGAAAGGUUCGGUGUGACUAAAGAAGACUUUCCCGUCUAUUUCCUGUUUUUGUCUGGAGAUGCAGAAAAUCCCAAAAAAUUUCUAGGCAACGCCAAAAAUGCUGAUGACGUAAAGAAAUUCCUUAUAAGGGAAUCAGGUCUUUGGCUUGGACUUCCUUCAUGCUUGGAAGACUAUGAUAAAAGAGUAAAAGAAUUCUUAAAGGCGAGCGGUGAUAAACGUCCAGACAUUUUAGCCAGUGUGGAGGAGGAGGCAUCCAAAGAAACAGAUGAUUCAAAGAAAAGAUCUGCGGACAUUUAUGUCAAAACCAUGAAAAAGAUUGUAGAAAAAGGGACAGAUUUUGUUGAUUCAGAAAUUACAAGGGUAGAAAAAUUGAAAGAUGGAAAAGUUAGUGAUAAAAAGAAAGAACAAUUAAAUGAACGACUGAAUAUUUUAACUUCAUUCCAGUUACUUCAGAAGGAUGAGCUGUAACACGUUUCUUUGUCUUCCUCUUUUCUUUGUAUUUUUGCAAAUUUGUCAUACAAAAAGUGAAACGAGAUUUUGAUGUAAAAUGGAACUUUUCAUACUUUUUAUUAAUUUUAUAUAAGUGAAAGAGAUUCUGUAAAUGUUGGAGUGAUUAUAACACGUGGACUACAUGUAGUUUAACUGUUGUCUCGUCUUCAUUAUCAUUAUAUUCUGAUUGAGGUCAUCAUGUAUUUUCACCAAAAAGAAAUCGAUGAUGACAUUGAUUCUGAUGAAUAUUAAAUUGUUUUCAGAUGAGCUUUGACAAAGACAUUUGCAGGUCCAUCAAGAUAUAUGCUUGAAAUAUUACAUUUAAAAACUGACGAACCGGUUUGUCCCCAGAAACAAACAGGCCCUUGGUGUCGGGGCCAGAAGAAACUCCGGCUGUAAUAUAAACAGCAAUAUUGAUUCUACAAUGUAUGAUUUUAUUUUGAUAUGAGAUUUAAACGGCAAUAUACAAAGAUGUAUGGCAGUAUUGACCUAUGAAACCCAAAAUUUUUGUGUUGAUGUUUUUACUAUAACAUGCACUGGUGGAACAAUGGCGUCGUUACUGAAGUCCAUCUCAUCUGGUGUAUGCUACGUACAUUGGUUGUAGUGAAAGGGCCUGGUAUCCUGUAGGGUGUCCUCAGACAGCAUGGGAAUCGUGUUGUUGUUAGGGGUGCAGUCAUGAGGCGACACUGCUAUUACAACUAGAGAGAGCUGUGUAUGGUUAGGAUGCCAGGGUGAACCCACAAGAGCUUGGAGAAGGGGUAAUGUGAUGGUCAAUUUAGGGGCCAAGUGGUUAAGGUGUCCCGACACUUUAUCACUAGCCCUCCACCUUUGGGUCGCUAGUUCAAAACCAGCGUGGAGCAGUUGCCAGGUACUGACUGUAGGCCGGUGAUUUUUCUUCGGGUACUCCGGCUUUCCUCCACCUCUAAACCUUGCACAUCCUUAAAUGACUCUGGCUAUUAAUAGGACGUUAAACAAAAUAAACCAAACUAAACAGAUGGUUGUAACCCAGGUGCAUGUUUCAUUACUAGUUUACAUCAACGAUUCCAUAAAAACUAGUGCUCACCUCACACUAGCAUUUCUAGCUUACCUGGCGUGGCGCCCAUCUAUCGACUUUUUCUAAAAA